AUGAAAAUUUGGAGUAAAUAUGUCAACAUCCUUUUAUUCUGCGCUGCAGUAUCAAAUGUGCGUUGUAUUUGGUAUCUAGAUACCCCAACAGAAGGAAAAGGUGGCGAAAAGGCAAAGGACUCCAAUGCCCUGGAAAAGCCAAAAACAGCAGUGAAAACUGCUAAUCCAGCGACAAACGGUGGCAAUCGCGUCUCUCAGUCUAAUGCAAUAGACAAGGUGCUUUUGGGAGGUUAUUCCGCAAAGGCUGAUUCUACCUAUAAAGCGGUAGAGUCCGGUGGAUUUCGCAAGUAUGAUGCCAACAACGCCCUGACCAAGGGUGGAGGAUAUUGGUGUAGCGAGAGAAACCUGCUAGAUGAUAGAAUUGUCACUUGGACGGGCACUUUAAAGGUUGACCGAGUCUUACGAGGAGUAAUCAUAACAUGGGAAUACGUUCCAGCCUUUGUGUCUAUUUGGGUUAGUAAAGAUGACACUGGCGAAUUCAUUGAGAUCAUACCAUUUCAAUCAUGUUCCAACGUCACCGACAAACAUGAGAUAUUAUUUCCAAGAAAAGUUAGAACAAGGUCUGUACAAAUAAAGAUGAAGGGACAAGUGAAUGAUUAUUUUGGUAUCAGUUUUGUGCAGUUUAUUGGUGAAGAGAAUCCCCUGUUCCGCAUACAAUCUGGGAUUACAUCCAUAGAGGAUAUGUGUCUACAAGUUGACGAUACUGGAGAGGUUGUUUUGGACAGUUGCAUAUCCGCCAUUGCUAAUUUAACAUUUGGAGAUGUUUGGAGAUAUAAUGAUAAGAAGCAACUCUAUAAUCCGGUGACAAACUUGUGUAUGACACUGGAGAAUAAUAUUGAGACUGAUGGAGGAAGGAUAAUGAUGUUACCAUGCACAGAAAAAAAUGGAGAUGACUAUAACGAUGGCAGAAAUUCAUGGGUUUUGCUUCCAAAUAAUCAAAUAAAGUUAAGAAGACCCGGGAAUCUCUGCCUAUCUCAACAUGGGUCUUCAGCUGGUUUAGUCAAUGUGGCUUUGAAUAAAAUUGCAAAAAGCAAUUAUUCAGUACAUAAUGACCCCAAUCACACGGCAGAAAGAGCAUUGGAUGGUAGUGCUGUAAGCUUCUGGUUGUCUAGACAUUUUAAUCCAGAUACCAUACCAGAGGUAAAUUUCACAGUAAACUUGCAAGAAGAAUACAAGGUUAGAAAAGUUGAAAUCAUAUGGCAUAUACCAGCACUAAGUUACAAACUUUACAUUAAACAUGGAGACGCAGAUUGGGAGCUCGUUAAGGACGUUAGCGCGAAUACACUAAAAGUUACUAUUGAUGAUAUGAAGGAUAGGAUUCUACAAUUUUUGAGAAUUGAGAUGAUUAGUCCAAACCCAGACUACAGUGAAAAUGGAAAGUUACGUUAUGGGAUAAAUAGUAUAUCCGUUUAUACUAACAGACUUAAAACAAUUGUGGAAUCAUGUGAUGUCGCUAAGGAGACAAAGGAUGCACGGGACAAGUAUUUUUUGGAAUCAGUUUAUCAAGUAAAUUUACAAACUACACUACCUCUUAAGCGAGCUGAAGAUCAUAUUGAAUCAAUGGUUAAGACUAUUGAGAAGAAAGUUGCAGACAUUGAAAGAUUGACACCAACAAUAAGGAAGUGUAAAACCAGACAUGAAAGUUAUUUUAACAGAAUAGAGCAGCUUAAGAAACGUUAUGAAAAAUUUGCCGAUAAACUAUUCCAAAUAGAACAAAAUAUGGCAUCCGUAAAAGUAGAUGAUGGCAUUACAAAAAGCGAUAUACCUAGAGAUUGUAUUGAUAUCAAAAAUCUUGCAGAAAACAAACCUAGUGGAUUUUAUGACAUAAGACCGCCUUGCUCUCCUCAGCCAAUAAGGGUGUAUUGUGAUAUGUACACUGGUUCAUCAUACUAUAUCGCAACGUUUGAGGACAGCAAUAGUAUUGGUCUUCCAGAUGUAGUAAAUUUGUGUGAGUCACAUGGACUGGAACCUUUACAAUUGCAACAUGAAAAACAGUUGGAAUCACUGAGAAUUAUGAUGAACACGAUGGAAAUCCCUACUGAUACUGUUUUACCUCUGGCUGUAAGAAUUGGACAUGUCUUCAAAUCACUAGAUCUUGCAGCUGAUGUUACAUCAUUUUUGAAACCGAAUGAUACUGAUGGAAAUAUAGUUGGGAUAACUACAGAUGGCGUUAUAUAUUUCGAUGGAAGAGAUAAGGAUAUGUCCGGAGUGAUAUGCUCAAGUAACUACAAUAGUCUCAGAUUACCCGAUGAAAUCCCAUAUAUCGGUUGCGGAGCUGUAGUGGCAGAAAAUCCCAAAUUUAGCAGCACACCUGGUUCAAAAUACAAGGUUCAAUGUCCUGAUGAUUGUUUGGAAAUAGCUACGGAGCCUUAUCGUGUGCAGGGUGGAAAGGAUGGAAAAUAUUCACUUUCCAGUUCUAUAUGUUUGGCUGCAAUACAUUCUGGAGAGUAUGAUAGACUCUCUCCACUGGAGAUUGAGAUUAUUGUGGCUCCUCAGGAAUUGGACGGAUUUUAUCAAAAUGGUAUAGACAGCGAAAGUGUACCAACAAUUCUUGGUGAUUCUGCCUUUAAGAUUAGACGAUUACCAAAAAAAUGUAAGAAUGGAUAUGGAACUAAAACAAUAUCGCAAAAUAUGGCUAAGCUGUCUAAAGGCAUCACUACUCCAAGUACUAAUGACCAAAAUUCUCAGUCAAGGGACAAAGAAGAGGUGAAGCAGAAAGAAGGUACAAAGUACAAUAAGGAUUUAGAACAUGAUAAAAGGCCAAUAGACAUGUUUACUGGAGAGGCGAUUGAAUCAUUAAUACGCCAAACAUAUGCCAGAACGUCCAAGGGUUCUCCAGUCUUUCUCAAUUUGUUCCAUGAACAUACUGGAUUGGUCCUGGCCAAUAUAAGAGAUUUGAUCAAAAAGGCUGAUCUAAGUAAGAUUCCAAGCGAUACAUUGUUAUAUCAACUUGAUGUAAAAGUGCGGAAUUUUCAAAACAAAAUACAACUUUUAGCUUCACAUGUAUCUUAUAGAAGACAAGCUUUAAUGCAGCAGAUGGAUAAAUUGAAUAAAGAGAAGGCCUCCCAAACUUCUUUUGAAUCUUGGUCUAUGGGUGAUAUGGGACAAGCACCUAUUUUUAAAGUUUUUGUUCAAGAAACCAGCAAUGGGACAAAGGGACGUCCCAGUUGGACGACCAGUGAAUUAAAUGUUAGGGGAACUACUGAGCUAACAAUAUCGCAAAUGUCAGAAAUACUUCCACCAAAUAAUAUCGUUGGUGGAACGUAUUUAUUUUUAAGGAAUCGCAAAUUUUAUGACUUUAUAUUCUCUGCUGCUCUUUACGCAGGUAGUAGUGGAACCAUUGGCCUUGCAUUUAGAAUUGUUGAUAUGGAUAAUUACUAUCUUUUCCAGAUGAAACAGGCCAAUGGUGGAUAUAAACGUUUAAUAAGGGUGACUGACGGCGCUCCUUAUGAAAUCGCACGUAUAGAAGAUGGAGGAUAUAUCGAAGAAGUUUGGUAUACCGUUAGAAUAGAAACAAGGCAGAGCCGUUUGAUGAUAUCCGUUUUGCAAGGUGACGACCCUGUUUUUGAUACACCAAAAGCUGUAAUAGAUGUUAUCGACGCAACUCAUAUGAGUGGAUCUGUAGGAUUAUAUACUGGAAAGGUUUCCUAUGGGCAUUUCAAACGGGUACAUGUGGAUGCUCUUGCAUGUCUAAGAUAUGAUGCUCCUCCUAUUCCCCCUCCGCCUCCAUUUUGCAGUAUAUACAAGGAAGAAUAUAAUUCCACUUUUGCGAGUAAUUGGUCCGUUUACAAUUCACGAGGGGAAUGGAAAUAUGAACGUGACAUAAUGGGAGAAUCGCAUGCUAUAGCCCACAUUUGGAAAAAGGGCGUAGAGGAUGAAGUAGAACCUACAAUUUCUGUAUUGAAGAACCACAAAAGUUGUAGUUUUGGAACCUUUAGAGCUUCCAUAUUACCACAAUGCAAUUUUGGUAGUGUAGGAGUAGUUGUUCGUUUUCAUAAUGCAGGAGAGUAUAUCAUGUUACAACUUUCUGACGGUUAUGCUGUAUUAAAACAAAUGUACAAGAAUAAUCUCGUUACUUUGGCAGAGACAAAAGUAAAGGCUGUCGCAUUAGGUUCAUGGAACCAUGUACUUGUUUCAUUUAAUGACAAUUCUUUGACUGUAUCUGUUGGUACUGAUUACGAUUACUUGGAGGUUUUGUUUUUAAAUGUAAGGACCAGUUAUGAGAUAGAAAAGGGAGGCUCUGUAGGUCUUGUAAGCCUUAACUGCGCUGCAUGCGCAUUUGCAAACAUAACUUUGAAGCCAAUAUACACUACAGGAACUGAUGUAACCGAGACAUUGAAGCGUCAUACGGAAGAAGAGGAAACGACCUUGUCAUACUGCAGAAACAUUGAUAGACGUUCCGAUUGCAAAAAUAUCGCAUCUGAUAAUAUAGACAACUGUGAAUCAAACUAUUGUAACGUAUGCUGUCAAUUUCAUUACAAUGAUAAAGAGGCACAGGAAAGGUGUCAUGACGAGUGUGAGAAGCUUGACACCAAUGUUGUGCUGCUACAAAAGGCAGUUGACCAGCUUUGGUUUAACUGUUCAAAUAGCGAAUUUAUGGAACAAUUUGGUGGUUGCACAGAGUCAAGUUGCAAACAACAAGCUUGCUCCCUAUGUUGUGGAUCUGCAAAGCCAUUCGAGUUUCUAUCUUCUAGUUUGAAUGCGCUUGCCGCAAAAAGAUGCAGAAAGAUGUGUGAAUUCGCAUAA